GUAGUCACCAUUAAGAACUUUAUUAAUAGGUUCGGUACAGUGUUAAUGAAAGUGCGUUUCAUGUCCCGGAUCCGUACAUUAUAGUGAUGUGAUUUGUGCAACGACGAAGAUGACGAGAGUUGCACGGUGUUUAACGACGGAAUGCUAGCCGUAUCGAUGCAAUAAAAGUCAACGAAGAAAGUUUCGACAUAACAGGACUUUGAUGAUACCAAAAGGAAUUAAAUUCCUUAUUCACUAUGUAUUGUGCAAACACGAAAGGAAAGACUUCGUUUUGUUCAGACUCAUAACAAGAAUUUGAUGAAGGAAUAAAAUUAUACAAAGCCAAAAUGUCGUUUCCGGAUCUGAAUAUGUCAGACAACGCGUUGACAAACGAAUAUAUUGUCAAUUCUGACAUUGAUCAAGUGUUUGCCAGCAACAUACCUCAAUUAUCGACGAUGACUCCGAUCAUUGCUAACGUUACAUUGCCGAGCAUCACACAGCCUGGACAAGCUGAUCUUUUGGAAAGUUUAAUCAUUCCAUUAUAUGGGACGAUAUUUCUACUUUCGAUGAUUGGAAACUCUUUGGUGUUAAUUACCCUCGCACGUAACAAGAGGAUGCGAACUGUAACCAAUGUUUAUCUGCUGAAUUUGGCAGUUUCCGACUUGCUGCUCGGUGUUUUCUGCAUGCCUUUCACACUUCUUGGACAAAUGCUGAAGAACUUCGUGUUUGGCAUUACCAUGUGCAAGCUCAUACCUUAUUUCCAAGCUGUAUCAGUGUCCGUUGGAGUAUGGACGCUAGUCGCCAUUUCCUUGGAACGUUACUUCGCUAUCUGCAGGCCAUUAAAGUCAAGAAGAUGGCAAACUCAAUUUCAUGCCUACAAAAUGAUCGCUGUGGUCUGGACUGCCAGCCUUACGUGGAAUGCUCCAAUUCUGGUCGUUUCACAGCUCAAGAAUAUACGUGGAGGCAGACGCAAAUGUCGUGAAGAAUGGCCAAGCGUCGGAACCGAACGAGCUUACAAUUUGUUCUUGGAUGGUACGCUUCUUCUGGUCCCCUUGAUCGUGAUGAGUCUGGCUUAUUCUUUGAUCGCUGUAAAACUCUGGCGAGGAUUACGGCAAGAAAUAAGGCAAUCAUCGUCUUGUCAGCAGCGUCUUACAGUGGAGAGAACAGAAUCCAGUGGAACAGUGAGAAAUUCAACGUACGACAAAGGUGAUUCAGCUACCGGCACGCCAGUUGUAGUGAAUGCUUGUGGUGCAUCUUCAAGAUUAAGGCGAGGAUUUUCCACUUCACACGGAUACUUUCAUGGUUCCUCACAGAGAGUAUCAUCCAGGAAUUUUGAUGAACAGGUACGCGUUCCACGAACGAGGGUCUCCAGGGAUUUUGCUCGAAAAUGUCAAGAAUCUGAUUUUUCUCAUGAAUCAAGGGAACAGGUUCGUACCAAUGGAACCAACUGCCUGUCAAGAGACACAGAGGACAAUUCUGUCCGUGAGAAACAAAACUCAGCCUGCCCCUUCGCCAGACAACACGUGAUACGUAGUAAUUACAUGGGCAAAAGCAUUGAAGCUAAAAAAAAAGUGAUCAGAAUGUUGUUCGUAAUUGUCCUGGAGUUCUUUGUCUGUUGGGCACCACUACACGUGAUCAAUACGUGGUACCUUUUCGCUCCAGAAUUGGUUUAUUCAAUAGUUGGAAGCACCGGAAUUAGCUUGGUUCAGCUACUCGCCUAUGUUUCCAGUUGCUGCAACCCGAUUACCUACUGUUUCAUGAACAGAAAGUUUCGACAAGCAUUCCUUGGCCUCUUUGACUGCCACCGUUGUUGGAGAGUAGGGUGUAGAAACAGCGAUAUCGCUAUGGCAUCAACCAGAAAUGCAGUUCAAGGUGGAAACAACAGCGAGCUGAGUGGGAAUGAAACGACGGUAUAUCUCGGAAAAGCGUCGUUGGUCGCCAGAUCCGAGGUGAUGAGAUUACUGGAAGAGGAAGAUCGGGUCUAGUACAGGCAGAACGUGUCCUACCUCGAAAAUCCAAGAUCAAACGUUCCGCUGCUACAGACUGGUAACGAGCAGGACGAUUUCUUUUUAAAAAUAUCAUGGCGUCCAUCUACUGACAGGGUUCAUUUACCUAAAGAGAAGUGUCUUGCGAAUAACGAUUCACAGUGUUACUCAUCGAGAACAUCCUGCGUGGACAAUCUAAAUUUUCUCUAUGACUGAUAACUGAAGGACCUAUUUUAAUUGUCCCAUGCACAAACGCGUUACGUGAAUCACAAGACACACUGGUACGUAUGUCUUUUAGUGAUUUUGAGGCAUAUGUUUUUCGAAGUACUUAUAAAUAAGUUAUUCCUUCUUUUUUCUAUAAUAUUUAUUUGGUUGAUGUGAAUUAGAUAUAUGGAAGAGUUAUAACUUGUUUCUAUUUACCCUUUGGGUAUUCUUCAAUUUUUUUAUGGUGUAAAUGUUUUAAAUAUUAAGGUAAAUUAAUAUAUUGAAUGCCGUGUGGGUUAUUAAUAAUUGGCACUAUAAAUUUAACCCUUUUAACAUUGAUAUGUAAUUUUGUUACAUAUGUAAAUUGUCAUAGCUUCCAAAAUUGUGGUUUUCUGGAUUGUAGUUAAAAUAUUGGUACAGUAAAGAUUCGAUGAAAGCGAAAAAAAUGUGUACGAUGAAAGUGAAGAACUCAUCCUCACCAUUAGACGUAUAGUUCGCUUGCCGAGCAAUGUAAUACGAUCUGGGAUCGGAUAUAUCAGUGAAGUAAUACUAAUGCAACGGCUGAACUUAUUUUUCAUUCUUUUCUUAUAAAACUUUUACCAGGAUAUUUAUGACAUUUUAUUUAUUUGUUAAAUUGACGAUAAUAAGUUUCGGUCACAGGGAAGAAUAGCGAAUGAAAAAGAAAGAGAACCCGUGAUCGUGACAAUCGGGAGUUCCUCUUUAACUCGCCGUCCUUUUACACGUUCGAAGGUGUUGGCAAGUAAAAGUUUGAUCCCGAGGGUUUAGCUUUUAUCGAAUCUUUACUGUAUUUCUUAUUUUAUUAGAAAAUUUCUGUGUCGGUAUGGUUUACUAAUGUCGAGUCUUGAAGGGUUGAUAUAAUCGAAUGUUUGAA